AACAGUUUUUGUGAAAUACAGAAAGAAAAGGCAAGAAAAGAGAGCCGAGCAGGCCUGAGAAAGUAAACAGUCAGUUUUAAAACAUCGAUCCAACAGUUCAAAUUCACUCCUCCGUUUGAUCGACAAACUGAAGUAUAAUAUUACCAGAAAAUAGGAAGAGCAAGUGCGAGAAAAUAACACAAUGGCAGAUACUGCGAAUUACAUCAAUGACCGUUUCCAGACGUUCAUGAACGGCCUCGGCGACCGUUAUGAGCCCUAUGUGCGUGAGCACCUGUCAAAGGUCUACAUGGUCCUGGGCAGCACUGCCGCUGCCACGGCUAUGGGAGCCCUGCUUCAGAUGCGCGACUUUCUCGAUCUUGGAGUCCUGGCAGCGGUGGCCACUCUAGUUCUGGUUUUGGGUCUGCACUUCUACAAGGAUGACGGCAAGAACUACUACACACGUUUGAGCAUGCUCUACGCCUUCGGAUUCUGCUCCGGCCAGACGCUCGGACCGCUCCUCGGCUAUAUUUGCAGCAUCAAUCCGGCCAUAAUCUUGUCCGCCCUAACGGGCACCUUUGUCACCUUCAUCUCGCUCUCCUUGGCCGCCCUUCUGGCCGAGCAGGGCAAGUACCUCUAUCUGGGUGGAAUGCUAGUUAGCGUCAUCAACACCAUGGCUCUGCUGAGUCUCUUUAACAUGGUCUUCAAGUCCUACUUCGUGCAAGUGACUCAACUCUAUGUUGGCGUUUUCGUAAUGGCUGCCUUCAUCGUCUACGACACACAGAACAUUGUGGAGAAGUGCCGAAACGGAAACCGCGAUGUGGUGCAGCACGCUUUAGAUUUGUUCUUCGAUGUACUCAGCAUGUUCCGCCGGCUGCUGAUUAUCCUGACGCAGAAGCUCAAGACCUUCAUGGUUUAAGGCAGCUCAAGCCGGAGCGAAACGUCCGAGUUAGCUGAUCACUUUGCAAAAGCUUCCAGUAUAAAAUUCGCUGUGAAAAACCACUUUAAACGGAGGAGCGAAAACAGAAUGAACGCCGCAAGAGAAACUAAAUACACCUUUUUGUGUACCAGCCACCACAAGUAAAACAUCUGACACGGAAUUCGGAGGUUGGCACUUUUCUCAUUCUACAAAUUUAUUCGCAUAGAAGAUAAAUAAUGCCGUGUACAUUUGGCUUUAAAUUUAGACAUAUAUCCCCAGUAUAAAACCCAUGAAAAUUUCCCAUUUAAUAAAUAUCACAAAAAGUCA